AUGAAGUCUUUCAUUGUGCUAUGUUCUUUGGUGACAUUUGUAACUGCAGUGCCAGUAUAUCAAGGAGAUUUUAUUGAAUCUUCGGCCAAUAAAUUACCAUUAUUUACAAAACGUGAAAGAAAAUCAACUUUUCCUGAUACAACUGAUUUAUCCCUGGAGCAUGGAAUCGAAGAAAGCUCUAUUUACAACGGUCAAAAAGUAAACAAUGGAGCGUCAAGAAAUUUCAAGAAACCUAUAGUUAUAAAGAAAAAGUUUGGCUAUCAUAUUUACCGUGAUUCAGACGAGGAGUUUGCACACUCAGAGCCAGGUGAAAAGUGCAGAGAGAAGGUCAAGUUUAAGCUAUGUGAUCAUGAACCUGUUGUUGGAACAAAGAGUGGUGUAAAAAGUUCCUGUAUGAAUAUGCAGAAGUCCGACCACGAUAUAGAGAGUAGUAUUAGAAUGGCUAAAGAAGCAAUGGAAUAUGUGCAAAGAGAUUUAAAGAAAAUGCAAAUUUUUACACCAAAAAUGGGAAAUACGAAUAUUGAAGACGUAGAAACCAAUAGCGACUUACAUCAUGACAUUGAAGUUGCAAGAGAAGCUUUGGAACAUAUAGAAGACAACUUGGAAUCAAUGGAUUACCAAAUUACGAAAGAAAAAGAUUUAGAACUGCCCAAAACAGUGGAUGAAGAAAGUAUUACUAAGUGGAAAGAGGCAAUCAACAACAUACAAAGAAAUUUUGAGAUAGUUAAGAAUAUAGAAGAUGCCUUUAAAUCUGAUAAUUAUCAUUCUUUACCUGUGACUGACACGAUAAAAAAAGAAAAUUCACGCGAAGCAGAGCUAUUGGAAGAAAACGAAAAAGUUCAUACUCAAUUUAUUAAAGAUAACUCAGAAAAUACCGACGAACUUUAUAUAAACCCGGUUUCACGUGAAGUUUUUGGAAUAUCUGAACACAAAUCUAAGUUAGAUUCCGAAGAAAGUAUUGAAAAAAAUUCAAAUAUGUUUACUUCUCCUACCAAUACCAUGGAUGAAAAUAUGUUACUUCAUAGUGAUAGUUUAAAAAGUGAAAUCGAUUCCAAAAAUGCUAGGUCGGAAGAAUCUAAACUUGAUGCUGAAAACAUUUUUAAAUUUGCCGAUUCUUUACCAUCUCCAAGUGAGGAUUUAGAACAUGAAAAAAUUCCAAGUGAGAGUCCUGAUGGCAAUCAUGAAAAAUCAUCUAAAGAAGCCAUUGAGUUUUGGUCUUCAAAUGAAAGACAAGAACUAGAUUCGGAGCAAAUUAGUAAAUUUAAUUCACAGUGGGGAAUACAAAAAAGUGUUUUACCUGAAAAGGAUAUGAAAUCAAUGGAACUGAAAACAGUAGAGGAAACUUUAGAACAUCGAAUGGAUCCAUCGGAAGCUAUAAAGAGUCAUCACUAUACUGUAGAUAACUAUAAAGCUUAUAAUUUAAAAUCUGAUGAUCAUAUUAAUUCUGAAAAUUUAGAGAAAUUUGAGGACAAUCUUAUGGCUAAAUCAUCAGUUAUUGAAGCAUCAGAAAAGGAAAAAGAUGUUUUGAAAAUUCCUGAGCAAGGUGAUUUAGAAACGGAGAAAAAUGACAAAAAGUCUCAAGAUUUUAAGGAAGCAAUGUUGACCAGUAAUGAAUUCUUGGAAAAAUCUGCACACCUAGAUAAUGAUCAUUUAGCGGCAGCUAAAGAAGAAAUGGAGUUGCCUACUUCGUUGAAGGAAAAGCAAGUACUAACCAGCAAUGAAGGACGUAUACAUAAUAACGAAAAAUUAACACAAAUGAAACUCGUUAGACAAGAAGAAAAGGAAGAACUUGAUAAAAAUAAUGGUGAAAACUUCUUAAUUCAACACAAAAAUGUGCCUGAAGUAUAUGACAGGACUAGUAAUUUCGAAUAUGGACAAUCCAUGUUACAUUUGGAUCAAGAUAAGAUAUUAUUAAAUCAACCUGAACUGACACUAAGCAGUUUAGAACACAAAGACUCUGAUCAAAUGCGUAUAUCUACAUCUGAAAGUGAUGAUGCACUUCCAAAUCCUCUAAAAGUCAUUCCAGCAAUUCAUAGUAUUGAUAAUGACCAUUCAGCAACACAAUUAAAAAGUAUGACAGAAACAGAAAACUCAUAUUAUGUUUCCGAUCCUAUUAAUCGACUUAUGCAGAAUAUGGAAACCCCCGAGACAUCAUUACACACAUUGGACUCUAAGGAAGUAUCUGAAAAAGAAGAUGAAAUAUUUGAACAAAUGAAGGCUGUUCCCGAAAUGCAUAACGAGGAAAUGGUAUCACAGAAGAAAUCUGAAACUGAUGAAAACAUCUUGAACGCUGAAACAAAAUUAAGGACACAAAAUCAGGAUGACGGAUAUGAUAAUUAUGCUAAUAUUAUAAAAACUAUGAGUGAUAACUACCCUGAGGAAUCACAUAUGUUAAAAUCUGUGUCAGAUCAAAUGAUAUCAAUCCCAUCUGAUGAUAUUGAAAUGUCAAACAAUCAACAUUAUCUAAAAGAAAAUGAAGAUAAUAUGAGAAUAUCGGAAAAUCAAAAUGAGAAAUUACACAGUGAUGGAAAUAUGGAAGUAAACGACCGUCAUUCAAUAAGUUCUAAUAUUAAAAAUCAGUUCGAGGACGUUAAUGGUUUUACAAAUUUAUCCGAUAAUGACAAAAUGAGGCUGUCACAAGAUCAAGAUCGGAAAUUAGAUUUAAAUGGAAAACAGGAAACGCAUAACCAGAUGAAUUCAGAAGACAAAAAUCAGCUUGCAGAUUAUAAUACUUUACAAAUGUCUAAAUCUGCAUCCGAUUUACAUGACGAGGAAAUAAUGUCAAUGCCGUCAGAUGAAGCUAAACUGACUGAAGAAAAUUCUGCCUUUAUCCACGAGGAAAAUAUGAGAUUAUCACAAAAUCAAAAUGACAAAUUACGAAUUGACGAAAAUCAUAGUUUCCCUGUGGAUCUUACUUCAGAAUCAGAAAAAGAAAAUCAGCUGGGAGAUCCCGCUGGCACUGAUUCGUUUUCAUUGUUACCAAAAUCUGUCCCGGAACUUGAUGUUGAUAAAACUAUAUUCAAGACAUCGGAGGAAACAAAAGAUAUUACCAAACAACAUACCAUAAUGAACGAAGAGGAUAGCAUGAGGUGGUCAGAAAGUCAAAAUGACCUAUUAAAGUUAAAUGACAACCAGUACAUUCAAGAUCUUUCCCCUAUAAGCUCAGAAAAAAAAGAGGCCAUUGAAGAAGACAAUACCUUAAACUUACCCAAAUCGGUAUCUGAAAUUCAUUCUGAUAAAACGGUGCUCAUGCCAUCUAAUAAGGUUGAAACGAUUAACGAAGAUGAUUCCUUAAAAUUGACAAAAGAAGAAGAACACUUGAGGCAAUCUGAAAUCCGAGACGUAAAAUUUAAUGAAAACCACGACUUUCAUGUUCCUGAAGCAGAUAUAGAGAGUCAGCAACAAGAUCAUAUUUCGCAGCUAAUGAAAUCUGCUCCCGAAAUUCAAGUUGAUAAAACUAUAUCAACAAAAACCGGAAAUACAGAAGAAAAAAUAGAUCACUUGCUAAAAGAAGAUGAAAAUAAUAUGAGGUUUUCACAGAACAAAAAUGAGAAAUUACAUAUGAAUGAAAACAACGAAUUUAAAGAUCAUAUUACUAUGAGUUUAGAAAAACGUUCUGAAGAUCAAAAUGCUCCACAGUUACUGAAAUCUGCUCACGAGUUUAACACCGAUGACAUGGUACCGUCACCAUCAGAUAAAAUUGAAGAAGUCGUCGAACAACAAUCUUUACAAAAACCAGAAAAUAUGAGAAUCUCAGAGAGUCAAAAUAACAAAAUAGAUAUUGAUAAAAAUCAUGACACUCAUGUCCCUUUGCCCAUAAGUUUAGAUAUCGAUGAACAGAUAAAAGAUCAAAAUUCACAUAUAGCGAAAUCGGUUCUUGAUUUUCAUGUUUCGGAAGGAGCCUUGAAUCCGCCAGAUGAGAUUGAAGAAACUAAUGAACAACAUUUAAAACAGAAAGAGGGUAGCAUGCGAUUUUCGGAAAAUAUAAAUGACGAACUAAAACCAAACGAACACCAGGAGAAUCACCACCACGAUUCGACGAUAUUGGAUACUGAAAACCAUUUUGAAGAUAGCAAUACCCAACUAUUACAAUUACCGAAAUCUGUACCAGAACUUCCUAUUGAUGACAUUGUUUCAUUAAACAAAGUUGAAAUGACAAAAGAACAAAAUUCUUUAAAACAAAACAAUGACAACAUGAAGUUUGCCGAAAAACAGAAUGAUAGAAUUACAUUAAAUGAAAAUCACGAACUUCAUGAUUCUCUUUUAAACGAUCUAGAAAACAAAGAAAAUCUUAAUCACCACAUUUCACAGCAAUCAAAAUCUGUGCCUGAUGCUCAGGUAAAUCAAAUGAUGCAAUUGCAAACAGAUAAAGACCAAAUAACUGAUGAUCGACAACCAUUAAAAAGCCAUGAAUCUGUAGUGAGACUGUCAGAAAAAGAAAAUAGCAAAAUAGAAAUUAAUGAAGAGCAGGAUAUAGCAAAACCUCUAAAGACUAAUUUGGAUAGCGAUACCAUAACUGAAGAUCAUACAAUGCAUUUAUUGAAAUCUGUUCCUGAAACACAGGGUGAUAAAGCGAUGUCAAUGACAUCGGAACAACUUUUUGUUACAAAAACCCAGGAAGCCUUGCCUGAAGAAUUAGAGAAAAAAAUGUCUGGAAAUGAAAAUCAAAUAAUAAAAUUCAAUGAGAGUCCAGAAACACACAUAAAGUUAAGUCCAGAUAAUAUUUCUGACAAACAUAAGUUUCAGGUUAAAUCUAUUGCAGAAUUACAUAAUAAUGACAUGAUGUCUAUGCCAACGAACAAUGUUGAGAAUGCAAACAUAAGAUUGUCACAUAACCAAUAUGAUGAACAAAGAUGGAAUUUAAAUAAUCAUGCUACACCUGUAGACACAGUACAGACCUUUAAAUCUUUGAAUGAAUUUGACAGUAAAGAGAUACAGACAAUGAAAUUUGAUAAAGUUCAAUCUCAUAAUGAAGACUUUCAUUUCAAGAAUCAAGAGUUCAUGAGAUUUCCACACAAUCAAAAUGAAAAAGGAUUUUUGAAUAUGAAUGAUCCUAGAAUGAAUUUGGGUUUAAAUAGUGGAACGUGGAGUAGAACUAACAAUGCGGAAUAUCCUAUGGAUGCUCAGACUUACUUUUCUUUAACAAAAGAUCAACUAUCACAUGAAACUAACAGUCCAAAUUCGCAAGUGCCAAGAGAAAAGCAAGGAUCAAAUUUAAAUACAUACAAAUCUAUACCCGAAUAUAGAAUAGUUCCUUCAAUGAAUACAUUUGAAUUUAAUGAAAGACAAAAGGCACUUAAUGAACAUAUGAAUAUGAGAAUUAAUCAAGAAAAUUUGGGUUCUGAGCACUUAGAGCAUCAGCAUUUUCAUAAUUCCUAUGCAAUGCCUUGGAACUCUGAAAAGCAAUUUCAAGAUGAUUUCCAAAAAACAUAUAAGUCUCCCUCAGACAUCGUUAGUUCCAAAAACAGUGAGUAUGACGGUGAACCGAUUAUUCCCGACGAGGUCGCUAAUAUGAGAAAUAUUCAAGAUUAUGAAACAAGACAACUUGUUGAUAAUCAUAACUUGGACGAUACACAAGCAAUGCGAUGGGCCCAAUCAAAACAACAUAAUAAUCAUUUCUCAAAUUUUUAUAAAACAACACCAGAAAUUCAUGACGAGUAUGACUUCAACCCACACUUUAGAAACCAUUUCCAUAGAGUAGCACACAAACAGGAAUUCGGUAAUGUAGAUACACACGGCCACGAUUAUCCGUCUAUGAGAUCGAGAUUACAUGAUCAUAUGCUCAUGUAUCACCAAGGAAAGCCAUCUGAUAUUGAUAGCUCAAUUGAAACAAGCAUGCGUAUGAAUAUGAGGGAACCUUUCACUAAGUCCGUUAAAGAUUUCGGUUUUCAUCAUCAAUAUUUUAGCCAUCCUUCUGGAGCAGCAAGAUUUGGAACUGCAUUACCUUUAUCCGGUGCAGGAACAGGUGCUGUGGGAGUUUUCCCAACAGCUAAUUCAGGAGGUUGCGGCAUACCCUUGCUGUUAAGCUGUUCACCUUCCGUGGUUUCUGGGAGCUUAGCAAAGUCGCACAUCACUGGCUCAGGGUUUAAGUCUCAAGAUGAAAAUGGAAUGUAUUAUACAAACAUGAAGAGAGAAGCAAUGAAUAUCGAUGAUGUACCAGUUAUGAAAAUUCAAAAAUCACACAACCACAACCAGGUUCCUAUCCAUGUACAUGAAUAA